AUGAAUCCACGCAUCAUCGAGAAAACGACUAUUAUCAAUGAUUCACUCUCAACAACACAACCAGCUAAACCAUAUAUCAUCCGUAUUCCACAUAUUCAAACGAAAUCUUCAUUGACUUCAGAAGGUGGAAAAGUUGUUAUUGUUAAAACUGCUCCAACUUCGACAACGCCGAAUCCAUCGAUUACCUUACAAACUACUCCGCAACAACCUAAUAGAUCCUUUUCUGUUGUUAAACUAGCUGAUGGACAAAUCGUUCUUGUUCCCAAUAAUACUCAGUCACAACCACAACCACAACAGCCACAGCAGCAGCAACAACAACAACCACGACCACAAUUGAUUCUGAAUAAUGAAAAUGGCAUAUCAAGAAUAAUCAAAGCAUCGUCUACAAGUCCGCCAAAUCCAACUGGAAUCAUAUCAACGAUAAAACGAGUUACGAAAGAGCAAAACACAUCUCGAGUGAGCACAAUUCAAAUAACUAAUUUAACAUCUCCGUCGAACAAUUUCAAAUCAUCUCCGACACAAAGUUUAACAACAUCUCCACAAGAACGUCGUUUACGUCCGAUUGCACCCGCACCAGUAUUCUCGACCUCAACAGCUAACGAUCUUUUGAAUUCACUUUUAGCUCAACAACAACAAUUGAAUGCUGUUGUGUCCGCAGAGAAUCUACUACGCUUCGAUCCAACCGAAAGUGUUCUGCUCGGAGGCGGAGAUGACGCAUUGCCGCUCAUAUCCGAAACAGUCACACUUGAUAGUAAUGGCUCAUCUCUAGCAAAUAAUAAUAAUAAUAAUAAACGUAAAAUUGAGACUUCAUUACCAGUUCAACAUCAAACGUCACUGCCAGUCGUUUCAUCGCCGUCGAUACAGCAGAAACCUAAACCGAUACGUAAAACUACUCCGCCUGACGAGAAGACAACAACGAAAGCACGAUUAGAAAAUAAAGCCACAUCCAUCAUAAAAGAUUCUCGGAAAAAGAUGACACCGAAACAGACCGUUCCAGCUCCCGUAGUCACAUCUGAAACACGAAUUCAAAAGACACCGGUUAAACGACCAGCGCCAACAGCUCCACCGCCAAAAAUUGAUCCCGAAGAAGGUAUUCGAAUGAAGAUUUGUGAAACGAUUCUACGUUCACUCAUCGGCCGAAUCGAACGUGAACAAAAUCAAGAAUCCAUUAAAACCCGUUUAGAGAAACAUAGCACGACAAUUCCGAAGUCGGAACAUCGUCAAAUCAUUUUGACACGUUUAUUAAAUGAACGCGUUGAUAUUCUCCGACAAGAAUUCAUCAAAAAUCGUUCCGAACGUAAAACAGCAUUAGUUAAAGAACAAUUUCAAAUACAACGUCUCAAACAGCAACAGCAAAUCAUUCUCAAACAACAACAACAAGCAAGUCACAUGAAACACGAAUCGAUUAUAUCCGAUGAUGAACAUAACAAAGAUUUACAACCACCCACGAAAAAAGUGAAGAAAAUCAAUGGCAAUGAAAUCAAACACAAACGACAAACAAUACCGAAAUCAUCUGAACACGGCAUCAAAAGUACAAUAUCCAAGCGAAUGCGUCCACUUUCGUCAACAAAAAGUUCCGAAGACGAGCAAACCCCACCAGCCAAGAAAGCUCGUCGUCAACGUAAUCACAUUCAUGAGCAGUCGGAUGUAUUUGAUAAUGACGAAAACUUUCUCACAAGUCGUAAAUCAUCUUCAACAUCAUCCAAACUCAAACCACAAUUGUUCACCACAUUUCACAACUCGAUUCAACGAAAAGGCAAUAAGUUAUCCUCUGACUUUAAACCCGAAAAUAUCGAUUGUAGUUGUAAACGUAAUAAUGAUACACAAGAGAAGUUUUUCAUUCAAUGUGAAUUAUGUUCGCGAUGGUUACACGGCAAAUGCGUGGGUUUAACAGCGCGACUUGCUGAGAAAAUGAACGAAUUCAUCUGUGAAGAUUGUGCAAUAUUAACACAGAGAGCAAAAGAACGUUUGUAUUGUAUUUGUCAAAGACCGUAUGAUGAUUCGAGAUUCUAUAUCGGUUGUGACGUCUGUGCUGAUUGGCUACAUGGUUCUUGUGUAAAUAUAACACCUGAAGAUGCUGAAAAAUUUGAAGUUUACGUUUGUCCACGAUGUUCGACAGAGAAGAAACAAGAGUUUUUAAAUAAACCAAUCACUGGUGAAACAAGAAAGAAAUUACUGGAUCUGAUCGAUCAACUUCUGGCACAUCAAAUGUCAUGGCCAUUUCAAAAACCUGUCGAUGUGAAAGAUGUACCGAAUUACUAUAAGAUCAUCAAAGAUCCCAUGGACUUAACAACAUUGAAAACGAAAGUCCUCAGUAAUAAAUUCAAGACUAUAUGUGAUUUUAUUCGUGAUGUUAAUAAAAUCUUCAACAAUUGUCGUCAAUUCAACGCCAUUGACUCGACAUUUUCUCAAUGUGCUAAUGUAGUGGAUAAUUUCUUUCGUCAACUAUUAGAAAAUCUUAUGGUAAAAGAACAAAAUUAA